AUGGAUAUUCCCUCUGAAGGAAAUGUCAUGUUUGCCAUUACGCUUCUGAAAAAGCUUUGUGAAGAAAAUCCACGGAAUGUGGUGUUCUCUCCCCCGAGCAUCUCAUUUGUCCUGAACAUGAUCUUCUUGGGAACAAAAAGAGAAACAGCAGCACAAAUAGCAAAGUUACUUUCUUUAAACAGAAAUGGAGAUAUUUACUUGGGUUUCCAGUCACUUCUUGCUGAAAUGAAUAAACCAUCCGCCUGGUAUUUGCUUAAAACGACCAACAAGCUCUUUGGAGAAAAUGCUCUCAAUUUCCUCAUGUCCUUUAGGGACUCCUGUUUCAAAUUCUGCAAUUCAGUGAUGGAAGAUGUUUGCUUUUCUCAGGAGGCUGAGGCCAUGAGGAAACACAUAAAUGCCUGGGUAGCUGAGAAGACUGCAGGUAACAUUUUAGAGGCUCUACCUGAUGGUUUAAUAGAUCCACUUAGUCUACUGGUCCUUGUGAAUGCUAUCAACUUUAAAGCAACCUGGGAGAGAGCAUUUGAUCCGAGGCACACAUAUACUAAUCUUGUAAAAGUCAACCAGGUACGCUCAUUCCUCCAGGACCUAUUGGUGAAUCACAAAGAGACCAAUGCCCUUGUGCACUUUGGGAUGUGGUCUCUCAGGGAAAUGACAAGGUGGUGCUCAUGUAGGAACUCCAAGAUACCCACCUCGAGUCAAGACACUGGCAUCGAGGAUGGAGACAGCGACACUGAUACAGAAAAGGAAAAGGACACAGGCGGAGGGUUUGGUUGUGUAUGA